CGUGCGCAGUGCCGCGACCUCGCGUUCCCCGGGGGUGACGGGAAGCGGAAGUAAGUGCGCGGCUGACCCAGGAGGUCCACUUGUAGCUUAUGCUGGCGGUUGUCAUCCGCCCCUGACGGGCUCUUGGCGGUGAAGGUCAGAGUGUGUAACCGAGACCACUGCUCGCCAACUGCAGACUCCAGCUUAUCUGCGCCCAGGCUUCCUCACUUAGUCUGAGAAGACCCAUUCUAAGGCCCCAGGAAGAGAUCUCUGUCCCUUGUACAGAGAAGAACAGGAUGGCUAUGUCCCAGGAAUCAUUGACCUUCAAGGACGUGUUUGUGGACUUCACCCUGGAGGAGUGGCAGCAACUGGACUCUGCUCAGAAGAACCUCUACAGGGAUGUCAUGCUUGAGAACUACAGCCACUUGGUGUCUGUGGGGUAUCUAGUUGCCAAACCAGAUGUGAUCUUCGGGUUGGGACCCGGAGAAGAGUCCUGGGUGGCGGACGGAGGGACCCCAAUGCAGAGCUGUCCAGUCUGGCAAGUUGAUAAGCAGAUAGAUCACUACAAGGAAAGCCAAGACAAACCUCUGUGGCAAGCUGCAUUCAUAGACAAGGAAACACUGAAAGGUGAAAGUGGUCAAGAAUGUAGAACAUGUAGAAAAAUCAUUUUUCUGAGCACAGACUUUGUUUCUAUAAGACAAAGACUCCCUAAAUAUUACUCAUGGGGAAGGUGUUCAAAACAUAAUUUAAACUUUCUUAGUCAAAAUAGAAGUUAUGUAAGAAAGAAAGAAGAUGGAUGUAAGGCAUAUUGGAAAUUAUGCCUCCGUUCUAAUCUUGAUAAAGCUCAGCCUGCAGAGAAAAUUUUUGACCCUAAUCAACGAGGAAAAGCCCUACACCAUAAGCGAGCCCUUGAUAAAAGUCAGAGAAUUCAGAGUGGGGAGAAACUCUAUGAAUGUACUGAAUGUGGAAAAGUGUUUAUCCAGAAAGCAAACCUUGCUGUCCAUCAGCGAACUCACACUGGAGAGAAGCCUUAUGAAUGCUGUGAAUGUGCAAAAGCCUUCAGCCAGAAGUCAACCCUCAUAGCACACCAAAGAACUCAUACGGGGGAGAAGCCCUUUGAGUGCAGUGAAUGUGGGAAAACCUUUAUUCAGAAGUCAACUCUGAUUAAGCAUCAGCGAACUCAUACGGGAGAGAAACCAUUUGUAUGUGGCAAAUGUGCAAAAGCCUUUAAGAGUUCAUAUCACCUUAUUAGACAUGAAAAAACACACAACAGACAAGCAUUUUAUAAAGGUAUUAAAUGUGCUAAGUCCAACCUUAUAUAUCAAAAUACUGAUAUGGGUCAGAAACCUGAGCACAGUGAACAUGGGAAAGCCUUUGAAGAGAAGCCUACCACCCCUAUUAAACAUCAGAAAACUCAUACAAAAGAGAAAGGUUAUGAAUGCAGUAAAUGUGGAAAAAGAUUUAGGGGAAAGUCACACCUCUCUGUUCAUCUGAGAAUUCAUACGGGGGAGAAACCUUAUAAAUGCAGCAUAUGUGGGAAGACUUUCAGUGGAAAAUCACACCUCUCUGUCCAUCAUAGAACUCAUACAGGAGAGAAGCCCUAUGAAUGCAGAAGAUGUGGGAAAGCCUUUGGUGAGAAGUCAACCCUUAUUGUACAUCAGAGAACUCAUACAGGAGAGAAACCCUAUAAAUGCAAUGAAUGUGGGAAAGCCUUCAGUGAAAAGUCACCACUGAUUAAACAUCAGAGAAUUCAUACAGGUGAGAGACCCUAUAAAUGCAGUGACUGCGGGAAAGCCUUCAGUAGGAAGUCAACUCUCAUUAAACAUCAUAGAAUUCAUACAGGAGAAAAGCCCUACAAAUGUAAUGAAUGCGGGAAAGCCUUCAGUGUGAAAUCAACUCUCAUUGUACAUCACAGAAUUCAUACAGGAGAGAAACCUUAUGAAUGCAGAGACUGUGGGAAAGCCUUUAGUGGGAAGUCAACUCUCAUUAAACAUCAGCGAAGUCAUAUAGGAGAUAAAACCUAUGAGUAUACUUGAGACUGGGAUAAUUUUACUAGUAGUUAUACCUCAUUAUAUAUCAAAUAAUUCAUCCUGAGGAGUAACCUUCAAAUAUCAGGAAUGUCAACUCUUCAUAUAUUGUUACUGUUCAUUUUACUUAAUACAAAGCACAAAAGUAUAACUUCAGAGGCAUUCAAUAAAUGUGAUCAAUUUUUCACCCAGACUUAUUUACUAAGGAGCAAAGAACUAUAUAUCAAAGAAUUAAAAAUGGCCAACAUUGAGUGUACUGACAUGAAAAAGCCUUUAGAAAGAAUGUAAGUGUCAUUGCCUAUCAGUAUUUAUGCUGAAGAAAAACUAAGAAUUUAGUGAGCUUAGAAAACCAUGUUAGAAAUUAUUAGAGGAAUCAUGUUCCAUAUUCUUUACCAAACAUUUUGUGGAAAAGGUAUAGAGGUGGCAAAGCAGCACUCAAUUAUAAAUUUAAGAUAUGUUCACUGUGGAGUAGAGUAUUACAUUUUUUAAAGAACAGUAUAAAGCAGAAAAUAUCCUAGGUGGGACAAAUUCCCAGGUUAUUUUUUUAAACAAAUAGAAAAAAUGCUUCCUUAAGUAGGGUGAGGGAGCAGGAGUCAUCAGAAUCCCUGAAACAAAGGAUCUCAGACAGGAGACCUUACACAUAUUAUUCAUCAAUAUAUAUUCAGUGCAGAAGUGUAAACCCAUUACAGAAAAGGUUUGACACACCUCCCUAGGAACAGCACUUAGAAGUUAACAUUCUCUGUCUUUUAAGAAAGGGUAAUGCUUUUAUGGUGAGGCAGUAGAGAUUUUUAAUUUUCAGAGUAACUUUUAUAACAGCAGUAUUAUUUAAAUUAGUGAAAAAAUUAAUACCCAAUGAUAGAUGGUUGAUUAAAAAUUGGUAUGUCAAUUAGGUGAAAUAAAAUGUACCAAUUAAGACUUUAUUUGAGGAUUUGGAAAAAUGUUCAUGGUAAAUCAUUAAAUGAGAAAACAUUAUAACACAAUAUAUCAUGUGUUUUAUGUUGUAAAAACAUAGAGGAAGGAUAUGCACUAUUAUGCCAGUGAAUUCUGGAUGACAGAAAUAUGGAAAUCGUAUGAUGAGCAACAUAUGCACAUAUAUGUAUAAGUAUAAAUUUGUAUUAUAUCUAUUUUCAUUGUGUGUGUGGGUGUGUGUAGAUAAAUAGAGCAAAAAGCGAGGAAGGAAAUAACACCAAGUUAUUAAGUAAAUUAACAUUUGGUUGUGAGGAUUAUCGAUGUUUAAAAAUGUUUUUAAUGUAGUCUCUAGAAACUACCAAUAAAAUAUAUUGUUUAAUCUUG